AUGAUGUGCUUCUUCUUCGUCCUCAUCAUCACCAUCUACUUCUUCCGUAUUUUCGCAAAAGCUCUAUACACGCUGUCAGAAGGGCUCUUUGGCGCCCCUAACCCAUCUUUGGGUAUACGUCCCGUUGUGACAAAGGAGGUAGUUACACAUGAAGGUGUUCAUAUUGCCGCUACAAAUGUUGAGGCAGUUCGCCGAUUCCGGACAAUUGUGGCCGCUUAUGACAUAUGGCGCGAUUUUGGGACACUGCCGGUGCCAAUUGACGAGUAG